UUAGCCCACGGGGCAAAGCGUGUUCCUCGUCACUGCCGCGUUUUAUUUCGUUUCCCAGCAGAGCCCUCCCUCCCUCCGGCCUUCAGCCCUGCCCCGGAGCUGCGGCGCCAUGUCCCGGGCAGAACUGGUGUCCGGCCUGAAGGAAGAGCUCACCUGCCCCAUCUGCCUGGACAUUUACAAGGAUCCCACAUCCCUGAGCUGCAGCCACAGCUUCUGCAGGGAUUGCAUCAAGCAGGCGAUCCGGAGCCAGCCGAGCCCUGUCCGCUGCCCGCUCUGCCUUUCCACCGUCGGGGAGCUGCAGCCCAACUUCCACCUCCGCAACAUCGUGCAGAAGUUCAUGGAUGACCCUGCGCACCAAGAGCAGGAAAAGCAGGAAGGGCAAUGCGAGGAGAAGGGGGAGAGCUCGGGGCAGCCAGAGGAGGUGAUGCUGUGUGAUUUCUGCCUCCAGGAGCCGCAGCCCGCCGUGAAGACGUGUCUGAGCUGCGAAGCCUCCCUGUGCCAAGCCCACCUGAAGAAGCACGGCGGUGGCAACGCCCAGAAGAACCAUGUGCUGGUGGAGCUGUGCGAUGCCCAGGUUUUGGCCGAGAGGAGAUGCCCCGAGCACGGCAAACUGCUGGAGUGCUUCUGCCAGCAGGACUCCGUGUGCAUCUGCAUGCUGUGCUCGGUCCUGUCCCACAAGGAGCACAAGAUCAUCAGUUUGGAGGAGGCUUUCAGCGUAGCUCAGACAGCAUUCCCUGGAAUUCUGGAAACACUGAAACGCCACGAAGGUGCACUGGAUCAAGCCAUAGCAAACCUGCUCAAACAAGAGACAGGACUAAAGACUGAGGAGAACCAGCACAGGCAAAGGCUGGAGAACCUGUUUAAGAAGAUGCAUCUGCAGCUGGACAACAAAAAAGGAGAGCUCCUGAAAGUCCUCAGUGACUAUGAGGAGCAUCAACUUCAUCGGAUUCAGACAGAGAUGAAUAAUCAGAAGAGGAAGAAGGAUUCAGCCAGCCGUGAUGUUCAGGAGCUGGAGGCUCUGAGAAAUCAGAAGGACAAACUUCUUUUCACCAAGGGUUUUUCAGCAAUUAAAGCCAGGCAAUGCAAUCCACUUCCUAGAAUGGAUGGCAUGACCGUGCCAAAGCCACCCAUUACUUUGGAUAAAUCAAAAGCAGAUGUUAUCAUGAGGCUUUUCCAGGAAUUCCUCUCAAAGCUGGACUUCUCCUUUAAGCCACCACCAUCUUCAGGAUUUGGAGCACCACCACCAUCAUGUAAGUGCUCAUUUCACUAUGUCAAAAGCAAGAUGGAAAAGCCAAUAAAACAUCUUUGAGAAAGGGAUGUGAGACACCAAGCACACUGAGUAGCUCUAGAAGUGCUAAUUCCACUGUAUGCUUAUUUGCACAUGUGUCUACAGCAAAGGGAGCUGGUCCUGAGAUUCAGGGCUGUGAUGCCUUGGAUACACCUUGCUAAAGCAGGCUAUGGGUAAAGAGGCUUGGAAGUCCCAGGAGUUUUCUGGGAGGAUGAAGAGAAGAUAAUAGCAGUACCUCUGACAUCCCUUUGAUUCAAGGGGAAAGUUGAGAACUUAUCACAGCAGCAGUAGGGUGUAGUUUGCUUAGGACAUAAAUAACCUGCUCUUUCUGUGUGAAUACUUCUGCUCCUUUACCAUGCUUUGUAAGCUCAGCCUACAGUCCCAGAACUGUGCACAGUGAGACACUUGUCUGACUGAAUUGGUGAAAUUAGAAUUCCCUGGGUGCUGCUCUUGGGAUGGUGCUUCAGCCCUCACUGACAGCGAGCCUUGGGUCAGGACAGAGGCAGACUCCAAAUCUCCACAAUUGUCUGUUAAUCAUAAUGUGUUUUUUCUCUUUAGCUUUCUCAUUUAGUAAUGCUACAGGAAGCUCUGGAUCCCGGUCUGGGUGUAACGGUGGAUUCAGUUUUCCAUCCAGCUCUUCAUUCAUGUUUGGAUCUACCUCUGGUUUUUACCCCAACUAGCCUAAUGAAGCACAAACUCAAUGGCAAUCAUAAUGAUAACAACCACAGUAAGCAGGGAAGAGAGAGAGAAAGCCCAACCAAAACUAAUGAUGCACAGCACAAUUGCUCCCCCAUCACCUGCUCUCUGAUGUCCAGCCACUGUUCCUGAGCAGCAAUUGGCUCUUUCUGGCCAUCUGCCCCCAGUUCAUAUACUGGGCAUGGUGUUCUAUGGUGUGGAAUAUCCCGUUUGUGGCCAGUUUGUGUCACCAGCCCCAGCUGUGCUCCUUCCCAGCUUUCUGUGCUUUUUUCAGUGGCAGGGCAUGAGGCACAGAAAGGUCCUUGGCUCAGGUUAAGCACGGCUCAGCAACAGCCAAACCAUCAGUGUCUUAUCAAUGUUAUUCCUUACUGAACCCAAAACUGUGCCAGCUGCUGGGAGGAGGAUGAAUUCUAUCCCAGCCCAAACCAGGAUAGGACUCCAGUUCACACACUGCUAUCCCAGAUGUGCAGGGUGGCCAGAGCUGCUGGAAGCUUGGAAUUGUUUGUGCCUGGUUUGAAUGCUGCCUGCAAAUGCCUCAGUUAUCUCUGUGUGUUACUUAGGUCAAAGAUGUGUUCAAGGCAGAAGCAACACUCUCUUUUCAUGAUGUGUCUGUGAAGGCUGGACGUCCUGCUAAGAACUUUAGGCUUAUAGAGACAGGAACUAUCCCUUUGAAGUAUCCCAUCCACACUGCCACGGGUGUGUUGAAGCUCUUGUAGUGAUGUAGGGACAAGGUAUUAUUUUGUAUUUCCAGGACUAGAAAUUGUGAUCCUUGCACAGAGGCUGUGCUAAGCAGAAAUUGGAUUGUGGGCUGCUGUGACAGGGGGUAUAUCACAGCAUCCUGCCUCUUCCUGCUGGAGCUCCUCUUUAUCUGUUCUGUUAAUCAAAAUGGAAAUACCAUUAAAUUGCUAAUUUUUGCUCAGCAUUAUCAAA